UGCAUUUGUAUAUAUAUACACCUCACCACCGAUCAUCUCAACUCAAACCACACCCAAACCAAAACCAUAGAUUAACAGCCACUGAUUGAAAAAAAAUGGCGAAUGAGGUGAAAUUGCACGGAGUUACAGGGAGUCCGUUCGUCUGCAGGGUGAAAAUUGCUCUGAAUCUGAAGGGUAUUAAGUAUGAAUUUGUUGCGGAAGAUUUGAGCAACAAGAGUGCUGAUUUACUUAAAUAUAAUCCUGUUUAUAAAAAGGUACCGGUGUUCGUACACAACGGGAAUCCGAUAUCGGAGUCUCUUGUGAUCGUGGAGUAUAUCGAUGAAGUGUGGAAAGGAGUUCCGAUUUUGCCUCAGGAUGCUUACGAGAAGGCUCAGGCUCGAUUUUGGGCCAAAGUUAUUGAUGAUAAGUGCAUUCCCGCAUUAUUCAAGGCUAUUGUGAGCCAUGGAGAGAAGCAAGCUGUUGCAGAAGCUCAUGAGACACUACAAUUUCUGGAAAAUGAAUUGAAAGUGAAAGGCAGUAAGUAUUUUGGAGGUGAGAACAUCAACCUGGUUGAUAUUUCUGCAACUUUCAUAGCCCUUUGGGUAGGUGCAGCUGAAGAAGCAUUAGGAUUAGAGCUGUUGCCCAGAGAUAAGUUUCCGAAAAUAAAAGAAUGGUGUGAUAACUAUCUUAAGUGUCAAGCUGUCAAGGAUGGAUUACCUCCAAGGGAACUUCCAGUUGGUUUCUUCAAGUCAAGGUUUGGUAAGGCGUAAUGUGGUUGUAAUAUGAAGUUUAGUUGAACAUCCAUCGAUGUGAUAAUAAGCAGCAUUGUAGAUGCUGGUGUGUCUUGUACUAUGUUUAUGAUUUUGUUUGAAGCUAAUAAAAUAUCUUGAUCUGUUUUAAAAAUA